UUCAAUUACAAGAUGAUGCAGGAUUGAUGGAGGAAGCGGUUGAAUGCGGGAAUGUAGCGGAGAGAAUGCACAGAGGAGUGAUGCGGAUUAUGUUGGUCUAUUUGACUGGGAUUUUUGGUCGUGUGACAGAACGAUGAUCGGACGUGUGACGGGACGGGCCACUAGAUUGUUGAUAUUGGGACUACAGCCCUUUUUGGACAAUCUCUAAUUCAGGCGUUCUCUGUUUUCUUUCAUUAUCGGCCUAUUUGCGCAGUUGAUGAUUUUAUUAUACUGAAUUGGAUUGUUUUAGACUAUUGGCACAUGGAUAUUAUCAAAGAUUUUGUAAAUUAUUGUUAUUUUUCUUAUAAGGUGUGGACAAGGUAUAUGGUCGCGCCAGCAACGCGCUCGAUACGACAGCAUCCGUACACGGACAGAUCUUCAAAUCAAGGGAACUCCGCUGUAUUUGAAUAAAUAUGUCAACAUUAUUACAUUAUUGCAUUAUGGCUGCAACUAUCAAUUGUUUUGCAGCAUCAGCGUUUGAUCUUGGUGCUAUAAACAACAACUCUGCAGCAUUUCUAAUGAUGCCAACCCGAAAGGAGACGGUCGAGCGCGCAAAUUAAGUGUCCUAAAAUAUAAAGCCUAAAAUAACAUUUCAAAAUGGAUGCACUUUGUCCUCGCUGGAUGGUAUUUUUAUGGGCGAUUGUCGCCCUGUUUGUGGGUGUCAGCUUCGGCACCAACGAGGCUGAAGUUGAACCAAACACCUCUGGUCCACUGACUCUCCACUUCCCACUGCGGCAGGGCCCUCUCUCCGAAACCCAACCCCCGCACGUGGCCCCGCAACGCUCCUCGAGGGCAGCGCGAAGGCGCAGAGGGGUCAGGGGCAUCAAUUUCGUGGACAUGAUCGACAACCUCCGUGGGAAAUCUGGACAGGGCUACUACGUGGAGAUGGCAGUGGGUUCACCGCCACAGAAGUUGAAUAUUCUGGUGGACACAGGCAGCAGUAACUUUGCAGUCGGGGCAGCUGCUCACCCUUUCCUCUGCAGAUACUACCAUCGCUCACUGUCCAACUCCUACCGCGACCUUGGGCGCAGUGUCUACGUACCCUACACCCAGGGCCGCUGGGAGGGUGAGCUGGGCACUGACCUGGUGUCUGUGCCACACGGCCCCAACGCCUCGCUCCAUGCCAACAUCGCUGCCAUUACUCAGUCAGACCGCUUCUUCAUCAACGGAUCCAACUGGGAGGGCAUUCUGGGCCUGGCCUACGCCGAGAUUGCACGGCCUGAUGAGAUGCUGGAGCCUUUCUUUGACUCGCUGGUGCGGCAGACCCCCGUGCCUAACCUGUUCUCCCUGCAGAUGUGUGGUGCAGGGUUCACCCAGAACUACAGCCUGGGCAGUGCUACCGUGGGUGGCAGCAUGAUCAUCGGUGGAGUGGAUUCUUCUCUCUAUGUUGGGGACCUGUGGUACACCCCGAUCCGCCGGGAGUGGUAUUAUGAGGUCAUCAUUGUGCGCAUUGAGGUCAAUGGUCAGGAUCUCAACAUGGACUGCAAGGAGUACAACUAUGAUAAGAGCAUUGUGGACAGUGGCACCACUAACCUCCGGCUCCCUCGUAAAGUGUUCCAGGCAGCCGUGAAGGCCAUCGAGGCUGCCUCGUCUACAGAGCAGUUUCCCUCUGGGUUCUGGUUGGGGGAGCAGCUGGUGUGCUGGCAGGCUGGCACCACCCCGUGGCACAUCUUCCCUGUCAUCUCGCUCUACCUAAUGAGUGAGAACCGCAACCAGUCCUUCCGCAUCUCCAUUCUCCCACAGCAGUAUCUGAGGCCCGUGGAGGACGUGGCCUCGGCCCAGGAGGACUGCUAUAAGUUUGCCGUGUCCCAGUCCAGCACGGGCACCGUCAUGGGCGCCGUCAUCAUGGAGGGCUUCUAUGUGGUGUUCGACCGCCAGAGGAAACGCAUCGGAUUUGCCGUCAGCACCUGCCAUGUGCACGAUGAGUUCCGGACGGCCUCUGUCGAGGGGCCUUUCCACGGCGUGGAUCUGGAGGACUGCGGCUACAACAUCCCGCAGACGGACGAGUCCACCCUGAUGACAAUUGCCUACAUCAUGGCAAGCAUCUGUGCCCUCUUCAUGCUGCCACUGUGCCUCAUGCUGUGCCAGUGGCGCUUCUCCCGCUGUCUCCGCCCAUCUGGAGCUGGGGACUUCGCUGAUAAUAUCUCACUCCUCAAAUGAUAGAAAGGCAUGGAAAUACAGUACACAGGAGAGGCAAGCCUACCAGGAAUGGAGAUGGAGGCUUUUCUAAUGGUUAUUGAGGACGCAUCAGCCUCAAUGAGUAAUGCAGAAACAGAUUAUCAUGUAGGAUGGUGUUAGUUGUGGCUUGGGAGGGUAGCACAAUGACCAAACAAGCCCAUGGCCACUUACUUUGGAUUCAUCAAAGGUGGAUAUACCAGCAAGCUGGGUUAAAUGGCUUCCUGGACUCAGUGGACAACUUUAUUGAUAGAAGGGCAUGAUAUACAUAUACAGUAUUUAUAGAUGUGUGUGAGUGUUCGUGAUUGUAUAUGUAUGUAUGUAUGUAUGUAUGUAUGUAUGUAUGUAUGUAUGUAUGUAUGUAUGUAUGUAUGUAUGUA